AUGGUCUACAGCUACAUCAAGCAACCACACAGCCCAAGUCUCAUGGAGCUUCUCCUGUUGAAGUCCUCAGCUGCUGCCGAUGGUGCCGCGGCCAGCGUCGUCGGCCCUGGUGCAGGCUCCUUCACCCGGGGCCCGCUGGAUGCCUACCCCUGUGAUGCACCAACGGCUUCGCGCAUCAUCUUCCUGGUUGCGCGGAUGGAUGGCACAUUCCUGGCUGCAUUUCGGCUUCCCCUGUGCGAGCUCUGGGUGCCAAUGGUCACAACAGCAAUCCUGGCACAGCUGUUUGCACUGCUGUUGAUGCCCCGGAGGCUGUACAUGACCUGGGUCCGGCGCGUUUGCAUGCUGCUUGUGGGGCUGCUGCCAAAGGUCGUCACCCUGGCCGCGUUCCUGGCCUCUCCGGAUGAGCGCCCAAACAGCUACUUCAACACCUACCUGCCGAUUGAAGGCGCAAUCACUAUUUGGCAACAAAUAGUGUACAAUUACUCGCUAUGGCCGGGCAUCGCCGUACUUGCGACGCACUGUGUGCUCUCCAUCGCCAUCUGCUCAAUGGUUACUCCAAGGUUGUCGGCCGCCGGGCUGCCGGCCCCCUUCAACCCGACAUGGGUGAUGGCACACACGUACUUCUGCGCUGCCCUGGCCGUCUGCGCAACACUGCUGCAGCACCCGACAAACGCGCGGGAGGUCCGCGCCGCGCUGCGCCGCACUUGCGACUUGGCGAUGGCAGCAUCCGCUAGACUGCAAUUGUGGCCGUCGCGCUGUGGCCGGUGGCCUUGUCGGUGUGGAGGAUGGUACCAGGGGUUGAAACAGAGCAGCAGCGGUACUCAUGCUGGGGGCCCUGCGCUGGCGGACUUGCAUCUGACUGCGGCGGUACGCCGGCUGUUGAGUACUUCGCUGUCGGGCUGCAGUGGCAGCACCUGCUCCAAUAGCUUUACGGCGUCCUCGGCCUCAGUAGGCUCCUCUGCGGCGCCCUCGGAGGCGGGAAGCGCUGCCGGCAGCGGUAGCCACGCCGCCGCCGCGGGCGUGGUGCAGGCCUCUCGCCAGGCCACCCCGUGCGCCGGUCGACCUGAGACUGCUCCUACGCUGCCGCACCAAGUGGUGCUGGAAAAAGGCUGGCAACAGCAGCCGCAACAGCUGAAACAGGGUCUGCCGGAUCAGCAGCUGGUGGACGUACGGCCCAGACUCGUCGCCAGGGCCACUCAGCUAGCCCAUGGUCGGGACACGGGGAUCGUCACGACUGCGACGGUAUUGGGGAUGAUUCAUGCGGGAAAGGAUGCGGCGGCGUCAUCUGGGUUGGCGAAGGGCCCAGCCGUCACUCCGGCCACGCCUUACACCUCGUAUACAUCGCCCCCUAGUCGCGCCGCUGUAGUUGCUACGCCGCCGUCAGGCACGUUUCCGCCUGCCGGCGCCUUCAGCCUGAAACAGCCCACGGGGCUGAGCAAACUGACGAUUGUGGAAGACCGGGAGUUUGAGGCCCCAGCAGCUGUGGGUGUGGGAGUUUCGAUGAACGCCAUCAACCACAUCUCUGCGCGCAGCCGCCGCUUCCGGCGCUACCAGUCCCGGGCGCCCCUUCAGCGUGUUCACAUGAAAAUCCCAUGGGCUGAGCCCGAGCAGCUGCCCGGCAACUUUCUGGAGCGUCUCAACCUGGCGCUAUCUGAGGGACUGGACUGUAUGGCUGUCGGGGUUUCCGUCAGGGCGGGGUGCAUUGAGCUGGUCUUCGACAUUGUGCCGCAAGCUGCAUUUGAUAGCGCCACCGAUUUCCAGGCGGGGCAGAGCCGCCGUCGUCACGCCCGACAGCACCCGCCUCGUGCGGGUCCGCACUUCGAAACAUCCUCGACGACCGAGGCGCAGCUCCAGCUGCCAUUGCAGCAGCAGGCGCCCCAGCACGGUCAGCUGCAGCCCGGUCACCUCGACCUGCUGGGCCAGGUUGGGCUCAUUGGAGGCGGCGGCAGUGGCAGCGAGGAAGAGUCCGACCCGCACGGCGCGCUGGAAGCGGCAGUGCUGUCGGGGCUGCUGGGCGACGCCGAGCCGGCCUCCUGGAUCGAGGCCCUGCACCUGCAGCCCCCGCCGGGUGCGGAGGUGCUCACGCAGGCGUGCGGCAGGGUCUGGAUCAGUCGGUGGGACCACACACUCCGCCAGUGGGUGCCAGAGAGAGUGGGGGGCAUAAGGCCCUCGCAACUGCCACGAAUUACACAAGUUCGACCUUCCUGCAUCUUGGUUCGUCAUGCGUCAUCAGCCGCGGUUCUGACGGCAAACGGAGACGCGGGGCUAAGACAAAACGGCGGCACGGGGCCGGGUGGGCCGGCAGGGGCGGGCAGUGCCGUUGUACAGGUUACGGUGUCCAAUGCAGAUGGCGCGAACGCGCCUGUCUAUUCUGCGAGGUGUCGUGGCAGGUACCUCCCUGUGGUCGCACGGAGGCUGUCUGUGUCGGGGGGUGCAGGGGAUGCCGGCCGCUGCGAGUCUGGCGACCAGGCCGGCCUGGCCACCUACGAGCUGGAGCUGGAGCCGGAUGGGUUGCCCAGGAACGGGCUCGUUAUUUUGGAGUGCAGGGUGGGCAAGCUGCUUUCCAACUGGCGGCCAGUGAUUGUGACGGAGGAUGCGCACCUAGCUGAGGAGCUGGCGUCCCUACUUGCACCCUCGAGCUCGCCUCCAUCCGCCGGACCCAUGCCUGCCGACCACGGUGACUCGGCGUGUGUGAUGCCCCUGGCGCUACAUGACCUGGACUCCAAUGCCGGCAGGGAGGGAGGAGGUAGCGCUUCUGGCUCCGACUGCGACGCAGAUGCGUUCGGCUGGGACGAGCUGCACAGCGACCUUGGCCUUUGGCUGGACUACCUGGAGGUCCUAGGUCUCACCACGUCUGGAAGCAACGGUAACAGCCGCCGCCGCAGCGGGGAGGAGGGGCUGGUGGCAGCGGGGAGCGGUGGAGAGACCGGCUGCGGCGGGGCUAGGGGGCCCGGCGGCUUUGGAGCCGAGGCAGUGGAAGCGGGGAAUGCUCGAACGGCCGGCGCGCUGGACUUACGCCCUGGGCUUGCUGUGCUGUACAGCGCAGAGAAUUAUCGGGCGCACAUGGCUGGCAUUGGUGUGUCGCUGCUGGAGUUUGCUGUGGACCGGGGCUGGAGCCACACCGCCGGGAUGCUGGUGGGGCAGAUGCUUUCCGCCGGAAUCCCCUGGGCCGAGGUGCUGCGCCGCUGCAGCGACGGCCUGACGCUGCUACACCGCGCCGUACGGUCAGGGCGCGGGGAAAUGGUGCAGCUGGUGGUGCAGCUGGGCGAGCAGCAUGGCACCCCCUUCAACUGGCAGGCUGCGAGCUCGGAGGAGGACACCGCGAAGGGCGCCAUCGGCAGCAGCGGCGUGACGCCCCUGCAUCUGGCUGCCUCGCUGGCAGACGGGGGACGUCUGGCGGAGCGCAUUCUCAGGGAGUACCAGGCCGCCUGCGAGCUGUGGGCCUCGGCUGUCGACUCGUAUGGGAUGCGACCCGUGGACUGUGCACGGGCCUUUGGGCACGUGCAUCUGGUGGGAGAGACAUGGAACACCCACGAAGCAUCUGCUCCAGCGGUAACUGCGUUGGCGGUUGCGCCGGCGCCUUCCGGGGCCCCGCCGGGGAACCCGCAGAGGGCCCUUACCUCGGCGGCACCGGCGCAGGCAGCUUACACGCCGCCGUUCGAUGCUAGCACUGCAGCUGGGACGAGCACUACGGCCAGCAGUACGGCGCUCAUGGGGUGCAACACCGGAGAUGAGGUGGAAGCCGCGAGCGGCAGUGUCGCCAGCGUCCGCCGCGACGCGCGCCCCCCUCACCCAGCCUUUGCCGUGGCGUCGACUGUCACGGAGGCGCUGCUCGGGGUGGCUCACCUAAUGACAGCGCCCUUUGUGGGUGACCGGCACGCAGAGGCGGCGUACGUGCGGGCAGUUGGCGCCGAAUACGUGCUGUGGUGUUGCGGAUACCUGGUUUACCAGUUCAGCACGGUGCUGGCAGUGGCGGGUCGUAUGAUGAAGGAGCUGCGCGGACACGAGAUGGGGGGCAUGGUGCUGUUCUGCUUCCCGCAUGUAAUCUCUGCCGCGCUUUUGUGCGCGGAUUAUAGCGCCUGGCUGCGACUGCGGGAGCCUCUGUGGGUCGCCGUUACGGUCACGCGGUCGCUCGCCAAAUUGCUGCCUGCGAUCGGCAUGUUGCCUUAUCCUGCUUCAGCUUCCAAUUACCUGUCGGGUGGGAUGGACGUGCUCCUGGAGGGCUUGAUACCCGCCUACUUUGAGCGCAUGCGGGCGCCCAUCGUGCUACCGCUUCGGGCGUUGGAGGGCCUCGCCACUGGGCUGUUGUACCGCAGCCACCGUGUGAAGCUGCGCCUGGCGCCGGAGGGCGUCUCUGAGGUCGCCUACGCCAUGGCUUGGACGCUGGGCUGCGGUGUCAUCACUGCGGCACUGGACGUCAGCUGCCGGCGGCGGCUCGCCGCGGCGGUGGGGGCGUACAGCGCCGGCGGUGGCAGCCGGGCGCCGGGGGCUCGGACCCGCGGCAGCGCGGUGCCGGAGCAAGGAUUCGUACAUUCCAGAAGUAGCACGCCAUGCUCAUUUAGGAUUGGUGUGGGGGUCAUCUUUCUGCUGGUGCAGCAGAAAGGAAUAACAUUCAUCGGGUAG